CUGUGAAAGAUUGUUCCUUGUCCAGUUGGAUGUGCAACAGGUUACCGUUGAGGUACCAGACAACGCUUUGAUUCAGGAUGGGGGAAUGCAGGACGUCACGUUGGACAUUGAUUUCAUCCCAACGGACGAUUCGGCAGGUGUUGUCAAUGCAGCUGGGACAGAUAGAUACAGGAUUCAGGUGUUCCUGGCAACAGACUCUGAUGGCAGCAACCCGACCCCUCCGACGGAUGCCGACCUGACCCCUGGCCAGAUGCAGCAAGACAUCACGGACCUGAUCCUCAACACCUUCGAUGAUGUAGUGGUAACUCUCGAUCUCACACAGGUCAGUUGCUUUGAGGGCCAGUACCAGUACAUUUGCAUCGAUCUCGGGCCAUCGCAGGCAGCACUGGAUGGUGAGCUAUGGGAUCAGGCACCCCCGGCUAUACGGAUCGGAUGUGCGCAGAUAACUUGUAAAUCUGCCGUGGAGAUCAACAUUGACCUUGUCCGAGUUGACUCCCCAAGCACUCUUAUCCUCUGCGAUGAAGAAAUCAACGAGGUGUCAAUCACAAUCAUGGCCACGCCCACUACAGACUCAUCUGGCCCAGUCAAUGGUUGUGACGGUGGUGAUCGCUACUCAGUCACCGCUGUUCUCACUACAGACACACAAGGCAGCAAUUCGUUCCCAAUUCCUGAAGGGGUGCUAACCCCAGUUGUGCAAGCCAUGGAUCUGGUCGAUAACCAGCAAGCUCUUUUUACCGACAUCGCCUUUACUAUUGACCUGACAGGCGUCGAUUGCAACCAGGCCGGCUACUCAUACCUCUGCGUCACCCUGGAUUCGUCUGAGGCAUGUGCCACAUCAUGGUGCCAGUCACCAGAAGCUGUCGACACAGCUUGCACUCCAAUCUUCUGUUCUUGUGAGUUGCUGAUUCUGUUGUCCCAAGCACCUUCUCUAUCUAUGAGAAGUUAG